AAUAAUCACUAUUGAUUUUGCCCCAAUAUUCAAUGCCGCCCUAAAGAACAGCAUUUUUAACGUUAGUUCCAACUCACAACAUCCAGACUCUCGUUUUGUAGUUAGUUAGUUGUACAGUUAAUACAACGAAAAUGGAAAUUAAUGUUUUACACCCCGGCCGGGUCUCAGCAUGAACUUGCGCCAAGAAUGGAUUGUUUAUUUUUCGAGUUCGAUUUUGUUUCAUUUUCAUGCAGAGAACAAAGCAAUUCAUCUAGAGGAAAAAAAGAUAAUAAACUGGCGGGAGACAAUGUAGGUGUUUAAGGGAAAGAAUCCAAAACACGAGCCAGAGGCUACCUCAAAUAGAAUCGGGGUUCGUCUUGUGGCACACUGACUUAUGUAUGGGCAUGUGUACCUUUCCUUGACAGGGAUUCAAAGGUUUAAAAUAUUUCAAUCUCGAGUGUGAAAGGAUCGAGAAUUACUUCUUACUUCCCCUCUUCCUCUCGCGCAAAAAAGGAACUUGAAGGUUCCUAAAUCCGAACAAAUGAAAAUCAAUCGAAUUGUGCGUCUUAAAUUGUUAUUAAAAUACCAUUUGUUUAACGAGGGAAGCAGACAACAGUCUUACGACUGACAACCAGUCGUUUGAGGUUUCCAGAUAGAAUUGGAAUUUAGUAAUUUUGUUCUUUUCCUUCGAUCUGAAGAUACUCAAAUGAGUUGAACAGGACAACAACACCUUGGGUCUAAAGUUUUGGUUAAAAAAAUUCCGUGAACAUGGAAAUCCCCAAAGCAUGCCCCCCCGGUUCUGUCUACACACCGUUAUUUGAGUACUAAGUAAGUUAAUACACCAGGUAUAAAACAAUAUGUAAUUCCCGCAGCUAUUCGGGCCAUUGUCCUAUAUGUCUGAGUAAACGUUUUGGCAGAAGGCAGCCGGGGUCGUACAAAUCAGACUUGCUUUCUGUCGCAAAAUCAUUUGGUUGUUUGUGUCAUCGCGUGUGAAGGCUUUCUCUGGACAAUGAAGUUUAAAGAGUUCUUGUCAUUGUGCCUUGUCAUAGCAGCGUGGUGGACUGGCAUUGAGUCACAUCUCGCUUAUGAAGAGGAUAUUGAUGACAAUUUCGAUAUCGUGUUUCCUGAGAGACUUGAUAAAGGGCGCAUGAAGAGAGAUUUAACCACAGGAACAAAGAAUGGCCAUGACGAGCAGGCGUCUUUUAAAUUGAAAGCGUUUGGUAAAGAGGUUGUUGUCGACAUUCAUCUUAACAAGUUAGUUUCUACAUCGAAUUUUACACUUCGUUAUUUUAAUGAAGACGGAGAACUGGUCCAGCAACAGGAGGCCCCACCUAACUGCCAAUAUCAAGGUCACGUGAAAGGUCAAGAGGCGGAGUCAACUGUUAUUAUUGACACCUGCCAUGGACUCAGCGGAUUGAUCGAAGACGAAGAAGGACAAAUGUACAUCGAACCAUAUCCUACUAAGGGCAAAGGAGCACACAAGAUAUUUAAAACAAAAGAUGGCAAGUUGAAAAGAUUUUCAUGUGGAACCAUUCCAGGAGGAAAUGCUACUGCAAGGGAACGUAGAUAUUCACAGACAACAUCAAGGAGUAAACGAGAAGCAGAAGGGGAAGUGUAUAAGAAAUACUUGAAAACAACAAAAACUCGAUACACGGAGUUGAUGCUUAUCGUUGACAACGUCGUGUACAAGAAGUACAAGCAAGACAUCGCUGACGUCAAACGAAGAGUUUUCACACUUGUAAACGCCGUUGACGUAAUUUAUCAGAAAAUUAACAUUCGAGUUGUGUUAUCAGCAUUGGAAAUUUGGACGGACAAGGAUCACAUACCUUUCGUGAAGAAAGCCGGCGAAGAUUUGAGGAACUUUGAGAAUCAUCGCUUAAGCAACCAAGCUGGUGUGGCAUAUGACAGUGUUCAUCUUCUAAGGGGUACAAUGUGGGACGAUUAUGGAGGAAUGGCAUACAAAGGAGAAAUAUGCAAAAAAAGGUCGCUUGGAGUUGAUGCGUGGAACUAUUGGGGCUCGCUGGGUCCUUGGUUGGCUCUAUCGCAUGAGCUGGGACACAACUUUAACUUUGAUCACGACAACAUUUGGCCAUCAUGUAAAUGCCUUUCUCCACGUGGAUGUGUCAUGGGAUCUUUUAAGACUCGAGUUCCCGGAUUUUCCGACUGUAACUUACACAACAUGACCUCGAUUGACGACAGCUGUCUUUUCAACUUGCCAAAGAAGAACGUAAACCCCGAGUACAAGUGUGGGAAUGGAAUGCCAGAGCCUGGUGAAGAGUGCGACUGCGGGACGCCAGAGGAAUGCAAAGUACGAGAUCCUUGUUGUAACCCAAACAACUGUCGCUUGAAGAAAUCUUCUCAGUGUAGUGACGCACUUCAUACGUGCUGUCAAAAGUGUCAGUUCUCUCCGCUUGGAACAUUAUGUCGUAAAAGCAGCGGAGAGUGUGAUGUCGAAGAGUAUUGCACUGGAAAGUCUGCUCAGUGUCCUCCAGAUGACUAUAUCAAAGACGGAAGUUCCUGUGAGGCGGAGCCAGAGCUACUCCAGGGGAAGUACGUUGAAGAUGGGAAGAUGACGAAGCUGCCGCAGCCAAUUAUAGCACGACACGUCAGAAUUAACCCGCAGUACUGGGAGAGGGGCCUGUGUAUGAAAAUGGACCUACUUGGUUGUGAAGCAAGAACUUCUGUUUCUCGGAGAACUGCUACUACAAUACAAGGCUUUGGUAAUCUGUGCGUGAAGCCACAGGGUUUGUCAUCCUGCCCUUCUGCAGAUGGAACGGAGUUAUUUUACAGAAAACCAGGACAAUGUCAAGGGGCAUCUACCAAGUUCCUUCUAUCGCCAGAUGGAGUGCUAAGACAUCAUUGCAGCCGGAAGAAGAUCUGUCCAAAAGGAGGGCAAGGCGGAUAUGGAGUUCCAUUAGUCAUCAGUGGAAACUGUGACAAAGAACAGUCCAAGUUUGAACGAACAACACGAAAAUCACUUCGUCAUGUGGCUAGCGGAUUUUGUGUGCAUCCCAACGGCGGUGCAGCGAGUGACGGUGUCAAACUUAUUUUAUGGGCGGGCUGUGACGAAGAAAGACUCGCAUUUCAUUUCUUGGCACAGGAUUGCUUGCUUUCCUUGGGCGUGGCAGAUAACCAAUCUGUCCCUGACAACCGCAUCUCAGCAUCCAGCAGCUUGCCAGGUUACCCAGCUAAUGAGGCGAGGUUGAACAGCGCUAGAGGUUGGUGCGCAGCCAAAAAAGACAAAAACCAGUUUGUCCAGAUUGACCUGGGGAAGGUACGAAUGAAUUUUACACAUAGCCGAGUAGAAAUAUUUCCUAAUCUAAUUCUAGAAGAAAAGUUUGGAUAUGCUGAUGGUAAACUCUCUUCUUUUAAACUGAUUGAAUUUCAGGCUAAAAAAGUAUCAGCGAUCCUUCAAAGAGGAACUGAUACCGGUGAUGUCACAGCUUUCUCUUUGCAGUACAGUCUGGAUGGUCAGCGGUGGACUGUGUGGUCGAGUAAACCUCGAACUUCAUUAGUUUGCUACCGUGGAAAGUGUGUACCGUCAGCUGAUACACAAUGCCGAGAUUUGUGGGGACCAGAAGCUUCAAAUGCUCCCUCUGCUUGUUACGAAAAACUGAAUGGUGAUGCCCAGGGCUUUGGUAGCUGUAGUCCAAUGACAAAUCUUCCAUGUCGUGGUAGAGAAAAUGCUAAAUGCGGUCAGCUGCAGUGCUAUUCAGCGACAAGAACGAGGCCCGUGGUGGACUAUGGGAGUUACUACGAAUUAAAAGUUUUACCUACUGGAGAGAAAUGCAGCGCGGCGUCUCGUAAAGGAGGUACUGGAAACGAACUUGUUGGUAUGGUCAAAGAUGGAACAGUGUGUGGAGUCAAUAAGAUUUGUGUGGCAAAUCGAUGCACUAGUGUAGAUCAACUGGUUUCUAAGCAGUGUCCAAAGGCCAGUAAUGGUUUGGAAUGCUCGGGAAAAGGGGUUUGUACAAGCAAGGGAAAAUGCAAAUGUCGAGGGAAUUUGGACCCAGAGACUGUUUGCCAAACAGGUAAAACAAGAACAACAUACGGGUUUUCAAAUGGUCACAGGAUAAAUUAAAUGUACUUGACAAAACUAUGUUUAGCUUGAUAGCUAACUGCAAGAAUCGUAACCUAUAUUUGAACGGAAAAAAUAA